AUGGACGAUGACCAGCGUAGUCACGCAAUAUUCGCGGUGUUUUUGGCUGUUCUCAUGGUCACUACCGGAUCGUUGAACACAAUUGCAGCCAAAUGGGCCGAUUCAAUCAAAGUCGACGGCAAACUCUUCAAUCAUCCAUUCGUCCAGGCCAUAUGCAUGUUCAUCGGAGAAUUCUCUUGCUUGGCCGUCUACUUUAUCGUUUUCUGGAUACGACGUAGGAACUGGCGUAAACGAGAGCUGCUCGGAGCGGAAGGUCGCGUGAUGGAAUUGGACGUUCGAGGGGAGCCGACCCUUCCCGAUUUUAACGUAUUUCUGUUCGCGGCACCAGCUUGUUGUGACAUUAUCGGCACUUCAUUAAUGUACAUUGGCUUGAAUUUGACACAAGCCUCGUCCUAUCAAAUGCUCAGAGGUAACACGCUAAACGUGCAGAAAACAUGCCAUUUUAUAGAAAUAUGUAAUAAUACCCGUCUCGUUUUUCACGACACUAUGGACAGCAACUUCAAUUCCCCGUCAUUUUCCACUGAAAAUUUGCGAUGA